CCGAUUGCUCGAGUUGCACUACUCCGUCUCGACCACCUUCAAUGCCCAGACGAAGUCCUGACUGAGGAGACACACGUCUCCAUUGCUUAGCUUCCCUAGGCCUGAAACCUUGGCUUGACGAGAACAGCCAGCAUGGCAGGCGACAACGAGAAAAGACCGACAGAGGUCUACGAGGGUGUGGACGUGACACCUCAGUCUACCAAUAAGGCAGACCACGACAACCACAGCAGCCAUGGAUCAACCGACUCGGAACCCGAUCUGGAAAGCCAAAGACGACCAAGCCUUCACCACACUCUCACCCACAUCUCCACCCACGAUGCGGUCGUGCAACCCGAACACGACGAGCACUGGGAAGAAGGCGACGAAGUCUACGAACGCUUUACUCCUAAAAGAAAAAUUAUCAUCGUUGCUAUUCUCAGCUUUUGCUCUUUCCUGGCUCCAAUGUCUUCAACGAGCAUUCUCGCGGCUGCUCCUGAGGUUGUGGCGACAUACGGAACCACGGGAACGAUCUUCAACAUAAGUAACGCACUGUAUAUGCUGUUCAUGGGUUUGUCACCGCUCUUCUGGGGACCGAUAGGAGAGGCUUUCGGCCGGAAGAUUUCUCUGGUCAGCGCUUCGAUCACUUUCACAGCAUUCAGUGCUGGGUCUGCGCUGGCGCCGAACUUGGCAGCCUACUUCGUCUUUCGCAUGUUGACAGCAUUCCAAGGUACCGUAUUUCUUAUUGUCGGCGCAACAGCCAUAUCAGACAUUUAUCGACCUGUCGAAAGAGCGACGGCAGUAUCGUGGUUCAUGUCGGGCACACUCAUCGGUCCCGCGCUGGGUCCAUUGAUCGGAGGAGCUAUCGUUACUUACGCUAGCUGGAGAGACAUUUUCUGGCUCCAAACUGCCCUCGCAGGCGCUGCCUCACUUCUUUGCCUCUUUCUCCUUCCCGAGACCAUCGUCCACCGGCGUAGCAAAGAACUUGAAGGCCUCUCGCGAUCCGGUAAGGCCAAAGUUGUAUGGACCUGGAUCAACCCGAUGCGAGUCGUCUCUCUCUGGCUAUACCCUAACCUCACCAUUGCCGGGCUCGCCAGCUCUUGUCUGGUCUGGAACAUGUACUCCCUGCUCACGCCGAUCCGAUAUGUGCUUAAUCCGAGGUUUGGACUGGAGACACCGCUGCAGUCAGGUCUGUUCUACAUCGCGCCUGGUUGCGGGUAUCUAAUCGGCACUUUCUUUGGUGGAAGGUGGGCCGACUACACGGUCAAGAAGUAUUCGAAGCGACGUGGUGGGCGUGUACCAGAGGAUCGAUUGCGCUCUUGCUUGCCUGCUAUGGGAAUUGUCAUCCCUGCUUGCAUGCUGGUUUACGGCUGGUCGGUUGAGAAAGCUGUUGGAGGUAUCCCGUUGCCGGUCAUCGCCAUGUUCCUCCAAGGCCUGGCGCAGCUGUUCUGCUUCCCAUCACUCAAUACCUACUGCUUGGAAGUGAUGCCAACGCGGAAGAGCGACGUAGUCGCUGGCAAUUACACGAUGCGAUACGUGUUCGGAGCUGCUGGGUCUGCCGCUGUCUUGCCGAUCAUCGAUGCGAUAGGAGUGGGCUGGUUCUCGACAAUCAGUGCCCUCUUUGUUGCUCUCGGCGCAGGAGGGUUAUGGUGUGUCGCUAUUUGGGGCAAAGACUGGAGGGACAAGAUCAAUGAAGGCAAAGAUGAGAGCAAGUUGUGA